ACUUUACUAGCGUCAUUGGCUUGAAACAAAAGCAGUGCAUGCUAUCCAUGCCGCAGAAAUAAAGCAGCACUUUCAAUGACAAAAAUGAAAGAAAUACAUAUAUGUAGAAAACUUAAGCUUCAGUAAUGAAACCAUCUUACGAUGCUAAAUUAUACGUAAGUAAUUUAUUUAACCAAUUUCUGCUGCUCCCUACUAUAACCAGGUAUUCCAACACUACUUCAAGUGGAGCUCCACUGUUCACAUCAAUCUGCACGCUAGUUGGCGAGUGUGCUACCGGUCAGGUUUGAUACUUACUGCCAGUGUCAGUUAACUCCGAUAUCUUCGCUUCGUAUCUAGAUAUCUGUCUUUCUAUCUAUCAGUCACCUGUGUAACUCGGCAUAUCUAUUUAACAUACAGGCGGGCGGUUAAAGCUAAUUACUUGGUGGCAGCCAUGUAUUUAUUCACGGCCUUCUCGAGCCUUAAUUUCUCGGUCGCUGGGUUACUGCUAUCAGUUGGAAUCGGGGUUCUCACGUCGAUGGACGGUUUUUAAGAUACCGUGUAACGUCAAAUCGUCGCAACUGGUUCACUUUAUUCCACGAAAAAAAGAAAGACCAACGGAAGUAGUGGUUAUAAAACGCACCGGUCCGAAGUCGGACGCUUGUGGUUUUCCAUAUCGUUAUUCAGUGCACAGCGUGCGACAGUCGCUCCCACGACCUGAGUGAAGUUCAAGUGCAUUCAGUUGCAACAAAGCCAAUUAUUGUUCAGUGUAAUUGUUUCUGUAUAAAAAAAUAUAGUUUUUAGCGGAGGAAGUGGCUGCAUCAGUUACUAUGCUUCUAGUGAUGGUGAACAUGAUUUACUUGACCGCUGCUUUGGUGUUUACAUCAGUUUCUCCGUCCUUGGCUACUGCAGAGCCAAAAGGGGACCUGACUGCCGUAGAAUCUUUCAUCGAUGAUGAGAAACCUGCGCUUCUUUCGCAAGCUCUGUACGUCGCACUCCCAAAAGAAAGUCGAGGCCAAUAUCAAGGACAUAUUGAUCCGCCUACAGUACUUCCAGUGAAUGACCUUAUUGAAAAGAGAAUUCGAGAAAUUUUCGGAAUACGUAAUGAAUCGAAAAACGUCCCAGGAAAUAUUGAUGAUACGCAAAUAUUCAAAGUACAACGGAAUCCGGAUGGUAAACUGAGUGUCGUUUAUAAUAAUACGCCAGUUAUACCCCCCGACAGUGAAAAUGGACAAGAUAAUGGAGCAGCAUCGAUAGACACUACGCAGAAUCAUUCGCAGACUACUCGAGAUGUUGAUUUACCCGCCGAGGGACAAAUUGAAUCAUUAUCUGGCAUAAGGCCGAUAUGCAACGAAAACAACAAACAUUUUUGUACGUAUGUGGAGAAUUACCCAACCGAACUUCUUCAGUCAUAUUUGGAGACUCAGCAAAACAAAUUUGAGGAGAUAUUUGGAGACGACUUAGUUCCACCACCCUCAAUAAACCUGACCCAAAGGAUAGAUGCUCCUGGAGAGGAACCUAUGUGUGCUAGUGUGGAGCGUUUGAUUUACCCCCAGGCUGGAUUCACACGGGACAAUAGUUGGUCAAUAAUCGUCAAUCAACCAAACUACACCCAAGGAGUUCGUGUAGAAGAGUGUGUGAAUGCCGGAUCAUCAUGCGCGAUGGCGGACAGCUUUCCAAUCGGGUAUAGGACACAAUGCAAGCAAAAAUACAUCUUUCGUCGGCUGUUAGCGCUAACUCCUGAAGGACGCGUGACUAGAGAUUUAUUCAAAUUACCAUCCUGCUGCAAAUGCGUAGUGUCGACGGGUGGGCGACGCCGGCGAGCUCCCGACGGAAAGUGAAGGAGUCAUUAGUACUGAUUGAGGAGACGAAUUCUGAUCUAGCCUCUUAGCAUUUACCAACCACUUGUAUAAAUUCAACGAGUAUUUUUCUAAAGUUGACUUAUUUGUCUUAUAUGCAAAAAUUGUGUGCCAGCAUGUUUGUGAUUUAAAUUGUAAAUUGUUCCAUAUUUUUCCACUUAAUCCUUAUUCAAUCAAUUCCGAGAAUUUUGAAUCCACAACAAAAUAUUAAGAUAUCGGCCAGUAUCCUUGACACGAUAUAUGUAACCGAUAAAUGAAAUGAAUUGGUUGCCCGUGAAGAUUGGCUCAUUUUUCGAGGAUACAUUGCAAACUUCGUAAAUAUAAUCAACUGGGCGUAACCAGUUUUCAACAAACAACUAAAUUUAAGUUCAGAUGAGUUAGUUUCAGGAUCCACUAACUAAAAAGGAAAUACAUUUCUACUACUUGUCCUCAACAAAAUCUUCAACGAAAAGACAUGAAAUGAUCUCAAGUCUUUGGAUGAAAUUGGGAAACCAAUAAAAGUGUUCCAUUCACUAACUUCACUUAAAAUCCAAGAUCUAUGGAUAAUUAUAAGAUUGUGUCGUCCAACUCAAUGGCUGGUCCAUUGUAUAUUGAAAACUAGAUGGAAACCUUGAUGAGGACGAGUUGCAGAAAGAUGCAACGACUCGUCAUGUUUUCAACAAAAGCAAUAUUCUAAACCGCAAUGAUACCCAGCUAGGAAUUAGAUUAGGUUACGAACGUAAAUGUGAUAAAACGUAUAACUCUUAGUUAUGAUAGGACUAGAAUUAGACUUCAAUGGCUAUUUAAUUUAAUUUACAGACAUACAUUUGUUAAAUCAUGAGUGCUGUACAAAUCAGUACAAAUAUGAAUAAAAUAAACCUGGUUCUAGUAAAUACUU